AAAAAUUAGAUAAUAAUGAUAUCGUCGGAAAUUUAUACUAAUACAAGCACAUCGAGUGCGGCAACAGCCACGGUGGGUUUCAAUACGUCUGGCAUAGCCACUGUAACAACAACAACAACAACAACAGCAGUAGCAGCAGCAACAGCAGCAACAACAACCACAUUACAGCAAGUGGUGAGGCCAAGGAAACGACGCAAACGUCGAAAACGGGCAGGAGGAGGAGCAGGACAUCAAUCAGCAAAUGGCGGAGGAUUCACAAUUAAUAGCAACAACAAUUCAAACACAACAAGCACCAUCAACAGCAACAACAACAACAACCUAACACCCAUGCCAUUAAGCCCCACAUCAAUUGUCGCCUCCUCGAAUGGUGGUGGUGGAGCCCUGAUGAAGGGUUCAUCAAAUGUUGCAGCUGGCAGAAAAUGCAAAGCCCAAUACUUUCAACACGACAAUCGUGAAUAUAUAGCCAAAUAUGAGAGUUUCCAUUUCACGGCACAAACAUCGGCAGCUGCCUUAAACUAUGCAGCAGUGGCCAGGAAAUUUAAACCAUUGCGGCCGGCUUUGGCUACCGGCGCUACCAAAGUCAGGAGACCAGCAACAUCCAGAAAGUUGAUUGGCGAAUGCGCCUGCGCAUGCCAAACUAAUGCUGCGGCUGCUGGCCCACAGGAAGCGCAACGGGCAGUAACAACAACAUCCGGGGUAGCAGGACCAUCAACAUCUGCAGCUGAUGACAGCCAUCGAGAGCUAAUGGGAGCCACUUCCUUGCUAGGAAACGAAUCUAAAAUCCAAAUCGAUGGUAAAAUAUUACUCGAGCUGCUAAAGCAAUCGUCGAACACAUUGCUAGAGACAUUGCUCGGUGCUGGCAGCGUACGCGAUACUCAUCAAAUAGCCGAGGCACAGCAACUAAAGAACGCCAAAUUGCGUGAAGCGUUCAAUAUUUCGGAAUAUUUUGUUGAGGGCAGCAGUUUUGAUAGUGAUCGCAAGGCCAAAGAGGAUUUGGUUAAAAGUCUGGCUUUGCAAAAGGAACUGGACGCCCAGCGCGAGAGCCUGGCAGCGGCUGCAGCUGCUGCAGGCAAAGAUAAGGAGACUGGCAAACGAUAUGCCUUGGUCCGUACACCCUCUCGCGAUCGUGAGCGUGAGGGUGGCGGGGAUGGCGGCAAGGAUGCAGCUGCAGCAGUGGCCAACAGUGCGGAUGAACGCGAGCAUGUGUCAAAAUCGGACAAAAAGAAGAAAAAGAAACGCACUCGAGAUAGUUCGGCCAGUCCUGAACGCAAAAAGGACAAGAAGAAAAAGUCCAAAAAGCACAAGAAGGAAAGCAAGUCGAAAAAGAAGAAAUCGCGGAAACGUAAACACAGUGUCAGCGUCUCUGGCGGCGACAGCGACAAGGAUAGCGAGGAUGAGGCUGGUGGCACUAGCGAUGAUGAGCGCGACUUGAAGAGCGCUCGCAAAAAAGCCAAAAAGGAUAAGAAAAAACGCGAUAAGAAGCAGAAAAAGAAGAGUCGCACCCGUGCCAGUUCAACGGAUUCGGAACGCUCCAAUUCCCCGGCACGGAAGGACAAGAAAUCGGCAAAAUCUCGCAACAGCAUAGUGGAAGCUGAGAGUAAAACCGAUGGCAAUGGUACGCCACGUGACAAUCCGUUCCGCAAUCGUUCGGCUGAACGUCGAAAGGAUACAGCCACCAAACAGGGACGCAACAACGACUCAUCGACAGAGAGUCAGCGGCAAGGAGACAAGCAACAGCAGCCGCAGCGCAGUAGGCGUGAUAGUCGCAGUCGAAGUCGACGUCCCAAAUCGGUUGCACGAACACCGCCGAGACGAGAGUCCCAGAAGAAGGACACACAAAAAUCAAGGGAGCGACCACGAUCGUCAGAGAGACAACGUUCCAAGGAUAGGCAACGUUCGCGAGAACGACACAUAUCCAAGGAUCGGCAUCGUUCGAAGGAACGUCAGCGAUCGAAAGAGAGACAGAGAUCAGUAGAGAAAUCGAAUGUGCGAUCGGUUAACAAGGAACGAGAGAAAUCCAAAGAACGUCAGCGAUCAAGAGACGGAAAACAGCGAUCCGUGGAUAGAACUGCACGUUCCAAAGAACGACAACGUUCGAGGGAGAAGCAGCGAUCUAAGGAUCGGCAGGGUCGACAAUCGGUUGAACGGCAACGUUCCAAAGAUCGUCAACGAUCAAAGCAACGUCAGCCAUCACGUUCAGCCGGUUCCAAAGAGCGCAAUCAGCAAAGGCGUGACCGUAGCAAGGAUCGCCAUCGUCGCGAUCGUCGCUCCAACUCCAACUCGAGACGCCAGAGAUCGCCAUCGAAUUCAAGUAGUAGGAAACGCAACGAUGAUCGUAAGUCAACACGGGCUACCACUCCAUCGCCUACGCGUUCACGUAAACAAAAGUCGCGCUCCCCGGUGAAAAGACGUAGCCAUUCGCCCGAGGAAGUGGCGGCACCAAAGAAAACAACCGUGGCGCCAGCUUUUAAUCCCUUCAAAGCGGCCGAAGACACAGUCAAUGACAUCUUGGGCACAAAGUCGGUAUUGGUGGCCUUGGAGCAGACUAAGCGCAAGCGAGCGGCCUCAAGUUCUAGCUCAGAUUCGGAAAGCUCCAGCUCUAGCUCAUCAGCAUCACGUACCCCAUCGCCGAAGCCAACGCCACGCAAACAGCGGCGUCGUAGUCAUACGCCCGAGCUGGUGAAACGUGAGAAUAGCCCCAAACAAGAGCGGCAGAAGACUCCACGCAAGACAAGUGUGAAGCGAGAGCAAUCCGGUACCCCGCCCAAGCCCAAGCCAAAGAGCGUUAAAGCGGCAGCUUCGGCGGUGGCUACCACACCAAGUCCGAAGCCAAAUCGGCGACGAUCCCACAGCAGAUCCAGCUCCUCAGAACUGCACUACUCGCCAGCUGAGCGACAUCCGGAGCGUUAUCAGGACAUUAUAGCGGACAAGAAGCAACAGUCGAAGAAUCGCGAAGUUUCCGCUCCGGCGACAAAGCCUACACCCGUAGUGCGUCUGCGUGCCCAGAGCGAUGACGGAAGCGAUGGCGAAGCAGCGAUUGCCGAUGCUGGCGCCUUAGACGAAUUUCAACAAAGCAAACGUGAGCGAUUGGAAUUACAGGAGCUACGCAUGUUGGAGCAACUGAAAUCUGGCAUUGCCGCCAAGGCCAAACAGAAAAUCAAGACUAUGGAGAAGAAUGGCGAUGCUAAGAAGGAUGCGUCCAAGGAUGGUAGCGAACCAUUAGUUGCUGCCCUCGCGGACAGUACCCUGGUGGAUGCCAUUGUGUCCAAGGUGUCCACCGCCACGGUGGCAGCAGCCGAAAGUGCAGCAAGACGCAGUCGCAGCCGAUCCAGACGCAGCAGUCACAGUCGCAGCAAACGGCGGGCUAGCAGCGGGCAUCAUCAUCACUCCAGCAGCCGCUCUAGAUCCCGCUAUACCUCCUCCAGCAGUCGCAGUGGUUCACGCAGUUCACGAUCUCGCUCUGGUUCACAAUCAUCCCGCUCCAGUUGUUCAUCGCGCAGCAGUUCAGGCAGCUCAUCGAGCAGCGGUUCGGGUACAUCACAAUCCGGAUCACGUUCACCCUCCAUACCAAGGCGUCGAGGCUCUCCUAGCUUUCUGGAUCGUCGUCGCAUAACGAGUGCACGGAAACGUCCGAUUCCGUAUCAUCACAAGACACCGACAGAUGGCGAGGUCGAAGAUGCCUCCAGUUGUUGUUCGAGCUGCUUCAGUCGAGCCAGUACGCCGGGAACACCCAUGUGUACGCCAUUGCGCAAUAGCCGUAGUCCCUCGAUGGCCGCCUUUUGAGUGUUGGGAUAUUACUCAUACAUCUAGUCAGACUUAUAGUCGCCAUAUGCACAUAUGUAAUACUCUCUUAAUACUCCCCCUCCUCCUCCUUUUACAAUAAGCUAGUUGUUAUAUAUAUAUAUAUAUAUGUACUUGAAAGGACAAACAUAUGUUUUACACACGACGCAUUCAAUAACUUAGUUUGGAUAAUUAAUUUUCCUAGGCAUUUCUCUGAUUGAAUUUAAUAGCAAAAUUUUAAAUUGUAUUAUCAAUAUUUACAUGUCUCAUCCUGUAGGCCUGUAACUGAUUGAUUAUUUGCUAGUUUUUAAGCUGAGUUUUAAAAUAAAAAAUUUAUUUGUUGCCAUUUCAAAAUGUA